GUAGAACCACGUAUGAAAUCUUGUCGGAGGACAGAUUCUUGAAUUUUCCUGUUUUGGUGGGAAAUCGGAAUUCAGAAAUAGGGUUUUUGAUCAUUUCGGGUGAAACUUUUGUGGCAAUUCAUGGUCAAAGCUCUCCACGGAUAACAUGGAAAUGGAUUCCUUCCCUCGCCUCUCACUUCCUCGUCCAUCCAUCUCCAUUUUUCAUCCAUCCACCAUUCCAGUUCCACUCCAUGGCAAUUCUCCAUUCCCGUCUGGAACCCUAAUUCGUCCCCAAAUUUCCCAAUUUAAGAAAUUGCCAUGGAUUCGGGGGCGAACGGCGGCCAUCUUCGGCCGCCGGAUUUGGGCAUGGAAGACCAGACGGAAGUGGGCAUUCCAUUUGUCUGUCAAGCCACCACUCAUAUCAACUCCAGAGGCCUUUGGUUGGGAGACGAUCCUCUUUCCUUUUCCCUUCCUCUCCUCUUGUUGCAGCUUUCUCUCGCCUCCACUUUGACCAGCUCCCUCUCCCUCAUUCUCAAGCGCUGUGCUCAGCCCUCUUUUGUUUCUCACCUUCUCGCUGGGAUAAUUUUGGGACCUUCAGUUCUUGGUUGCUACCCAGAAUUAGCAACCAGAGUUUUCCCAACCAGUGGAAUAAACGUACUUGAAACUUUCUCUGCAUUCGGUUUCAUGCUUUUUAUCUUCCUAAUUGGGGUGAAGAAGGAUCCAACCAUCAUAGUGAAAUCUGGUAAAAGGGCAUUGGCUAUAGGAAUUUUAAGCUUCGUUCUUCCUAAUGCACUUGCCAGAUUUACUACCUUUGUUCUCAAGCAUUUUCUCUCAUUGGACAAAGAGGUUUCUAAUGUGCUACCAUAUGUGGUGAUGCUACUGUCCAUGACUUCUUUUCCUGUGGUCGCUUGCUUUCUCGACGAGCUCGAGAUUCUCAACUCAGAGAUUGGUCGUCUUGCUUGUUCUUCUUCUUUAGUGUGUGAUAUAUGCUAUUGGUUUGUCAUACUUUUGGAGUAUGCCCUAAAUUCGGUUGAGCAAAUGUCACUAAAAACUUUACUAGGUUCCUUUGUCUCAUUUGCUCUUCUUAUAUCCUUUAUUGUAUUUGGAAUACGUCCAGGAGCUCUCUGGGUAGUUCAAAAUACCCCAGAAGGUAAACCAGUGAAGGAAUUUUAUAUACUUGCAGUUUAUGUAGCACUGCUGGUUUGUGGAUUUUGGGGUGAGGCUACUGGUUUAAACGCUUUUGCCACUUCAUAUUUUCUGGGUUUGGUCAUUCCAGAUGGUCCACCCUUAGGAGCUGCAUUAUCUGAGAGGUUUGAUUGCUUCGUAUCGGUAUUGCUCAUGCCGAUGUUCUUCACCAUUUGCGGAUUGAGUUCAAAUGUUUUUUCCAUACAGAAGUUGCAGAAUGUGGGUGUAAUUCAGCUGGUUCUUUUUGCGACACUUCUUGGAAAGAUUGUAGGGGCCGUACUGCCUCCUCUUCUCUGUAGGGUGCCGUUUCGAGAUGCCCUUGCUCUAGGUCUCAUCAUGAACUGCAAAGGCACUAUCGAACUUGCAAUGUUGGUUAUUUUGAAAUUAAAAAAUGUCAUGAACGAUGAAUGCUUCACCAUUAUGAUUCUCUCUGUGGUCCUUGAAACAGGAUUUAUCUCACCUCUUAUCAAGGCCAUAUAUAAACCUUCAAGUAGGUUCGUUGCUUACAAACGGAGGACUCUCUUGCAUCAUAGAAACGACGAAGAACUUCGAAUACUAGCUUGCAUCCAUGGAUUAGAGAAUGCCCCUCCAAUUUUGGAUCUCCUGCUGGCAUCCAAUCCGACCCGUCAUAGCCCCAUUAAUUUGGUUGUCCUACACCUUAGUAAGCUUGCAGGUCGAUCUUCUCCGCUUCUAAUUGCUCAAGAGCCUCAUGAAAUCUCUUUUUCGUAUAAAACCCAGUCCGAACAGAUAUUCAGUGCUUUUAGAAAGCUUGAAAAACAUUUCGAUGGCCACAUGGUUGUUAAUUGCUUCAAAGGUAUUUCACCAUACUCUACGAUGUACAAUGAUGUAUGCUCACUGGCAGUCGAGAAGAGAACAACCUUUAUUGUCAUCCCUUUCCACAGGCAACGGAUGGUUGGAGAAGGGUUAAAAUCGUCUCAUGCUAUAAGACAACUCAACAAGAAUGUGCUUGACAAGGCUCCUUGCACUGUCGGAGUAUUAAUUGAUAAUAGAAACCACAGGUCUUCCCGCAAAUUUUCACAUCUAGCAUUCCGUCGAGUGGUAGUGCUCUUUUUCGGUGGUGCCGAUGAUCGAGAAGCAUUAGCAUUUGCGGGAAGAAUGUCGGAGCAAGAUAGAAUACUAGUCACUCUGUUCCAUUUUUCAUCUUCAAAAGAGAUAGUUGGGAGUACAGCCAGAAGCAAGAUGCUUGAUUCAAAGUUCUUGAGUGAAUUCAAGCUCAAAUCCGCUCAAAAUAACCGAGUAUCUUGCCAGGACAAGGUGGUCAUGGAUAGUGAGGCUCUUAUUUCUGUUCUCAAGUCUCUCGAAAAUGAUUAUGACCUCGUAAUAGUCGGGAGGCGACAUGCAGAAUCAUGGCUAAUGACUGAUGUUAGGAAAUGGAACAAACGGCAGGGAGAUUUGGGGGCUGUAGGAGAUGUUCUAGCUUCUUUCGAUCAUGAGAGCGGAGCAUCUAUACUUGUUGUGCAGCAGCAGACAAGGUUAUGGGGACUGCGUGAUCCCGAGGAGUCGACGCAUCUGGGAAGAGUGAAAAUAUAGGCAUUCUUUUAGGAUAUUUAACAUCAUCUGCUGUGAUGUCCGACUUAUCUUGUACUAUACAGAUUAUCCAUCCAUCAAUAUAGUUCAAAAGUUUUACCUCUA